GCCAGCUAGUUGAACGGUUUACUGAAAUAUCGCAAAACUAAGAACUACAAACAUGCCAGGUCCACACCACGAUCCUCACCAUUCUCCCUCGCAUGGACCGAAUCAUCCGCCAGCACCCCAUGGAGGUCCCCCUCACAAGCCAGCUCCUCACGGGCCAGGAGACCAUGGACCUGGACACCAGGGACCUGGACAUCAUCAUUAGGCGAAGCAGCACUUCUAGCAACAAAGCAUAGAAAGCUUAAACUUUAAUGUCAAAAGUGAAGUUAAUUUAUUUCACUAUUUCGUAUCGUAGUUUAUAAUAAAUUCUUUGUGCCAAAAUGAUGAAAAAGCAAUUACUUUGGGACACAUUGCGCGCUGUGGAGCAAGUAGAGGUGACCUUCAAUCAGACAUUGAAGAUCAUUGACGAUAUUAAGCAUCGCUAUAAUUUGGUAUCACAAAUGAAACAAGAGGCCGCCGAUCGUCAGAACUCCUAUGAGGCGGAAAUACAGGCCGCCAUCUCGGGCCUCAGCUUCACAAAGAUCUCGAGUGGUUCGAAGAAAAAGAAACGUGCCAAGAAACGCAAAGUAAACAGAUGGAGAAAGUCGAGCUCAGACUUUGAACCAGAUUAUGAGACUGGCAUCGAUUUGGUGGAGUGUGCAGAGGCAGCGCCUUUUGUGAGCGUGCAAUCGAAUUGCGUUUAUGAAAUCAAGGGGGUUAAUAGCACCAAAGAAUUCAGAACAUAUCGGGCGCGCAUCCAACAACUGCACAAGGCGGCGCAUGAGAAAUUAAAGCAAGUGGCAAGUGCCGGGGGCAGCAAUAGGCGCUUCAAGCAACAGGCAGUGCCACCAAAAACGGAGGUGGAUGUUUGUGAUACCUAUUGCUGUUCUUGUUCUUGUUCUUGCGAGUGUCAUUCUUAUGGCUGAACCUCAAUUCAAUCACACAUACAUACAUUCCAAGAGUUUGGCUUACAAGUUUUUAUGCGUGGGUGUUCGAAAACGGUUGCCUGCUUUUAGUCUGUAACAUUAAAUUCAACUUUGUACUAAA